AUCGAAUUCUCCUUCCAAUUGUCAGUCGUCAAUACUCUAAUUCCUCCAAGCUUCUCGUAAAUACUUGAACAGUAGCCUCCGAGCUGAUAACCUCGUGCAACAGCAACAUUGUGAUACCUGUCAUUACCAUCAAUUAAUGACUUGUCACUAGUGGCUUUUGUCAACACCAACUCUAUCAAUUAAAUCAUCAGCGAUACCGAUAUAAUAUUCCAUAAAAAACCUUUCAUUGCUAACAUCUGGUUUUUCCGGUAUUUCAAUUAAUGCGACAUUGUAUUUGUCAUUGCUACAGAGGAAGUGCAAUACCGGUGCAAAGUAAACGAAAUAAAACUAUUAAACGUCUGACUCCAAUGUGCAUAAUCUACUGCUUUAGAUAACUAAAAAGCUCGAAGCAAACUGACGUAAAAUUUUAUUCGUCUGAAAAAUAAAUCACAAUUCAUCAAACGCAGCAACAAAUUUUGAAGACAGUUGUGUUACCGGACGUAUUGAUGUUGUGAGUGCAGUUGAAUUUUUUAAAUUCUACCUGUAACUAUGAAAAAAAGGAAGCAGAAUGAAUGUGAGGACAAACCAGAGGCACCGGAUGGUGGUUGGGGAUGGUUUGCGUGUUUGGGAAGCAGUUUAAUAACGUUCUCGUUGAGGUCAUUGGAUCCUUCCUUCGGGCUGAUCUUCGAUGACCUUCUCACUGAUCUGAAGAUUGAUUCGACGAAGGCUUCUGUCAUCCUCAGUGUUUUAGACGCAUGCUGCAAUUUCUCAGGACUCUUCGUAGGACCUCUGCUCACUAGAUACUCAUUCCGAACGGUCGCAGCUUUUGGGUGCACACUCUCCUGCACUGGAUUGAUGCUAACCGCCUUCGCUAAUAGCUUCUUACACAUAGUAAUUACCUACAGUAUUUUAACAGGCGUAGGAACUGGUUUGGCCGUUGCAGCGGCUUUUGUAGCACUUAAUUCAUAUUUUUCUAAGAAACGCGGACAAGCCGUGAGUUUUUCUUCAGCUGGUACAGCACUCGCCAUGAUGGUAGUGCCGCAAGCUGCCCAUUUUCUCCUCGAGCUCUAUGCAUUUCGUGGAACAAUGUUAAUUAUCGGCGCGUGGUCAAUGCACUCGAUUGUUGGUGCCUGUCUAUUGAGACCUCUAAAACCCAAAAAAUCCCUCAAACAAACGCCAAUAAUUAAGGUGCUUGACGGAGAUCAUACGGAUCUGGAAAAAAAGACAGACGAGGGUGAAGCAUUACUCAUCAAGCAAUCAAAUCAAGUCGAUGGGAGUGAUGAGAGGCGAGAUCCAACUGCAUCCAAUGGCCAAGAGCAGCCGAAGAAAACUGCAAAAUUUUUGGGAAAAUUGGGAGAAAGGAAUCGAUAUUUCAAAGUGAUCACCGAUUUAUUUGACGUCGAUCUGCUGAGGAAUUACUCAUAUCUCAAUGUUAUUUUGGGAUUGAGCUUAUUUAAUGUCGCUGAGUCAAAUUUCAAGAUGAUGACGCCAUUCUUUCUUCGAAAACAAGUCGGAAUGACCGAAGGAGAAGUUGCAUUUUGCUUGUCAUUGACGGCCUUCACAGACAUCGUAGCACGAUUAGUGCUUCCAGUAGUUUACGACAGACUAGGCUUCAAAAAGCGUCGCCUCUUUUGGAUCAAUGCUCUUUUUGUCGCAAUGGGACGCUCCAUUCUGGCUGAAAUGUCACAGGGUAUAUUAUUGUUUGUCGUAUUAGUCAUCAAUGGCUUUAUUCGAGGCGCUGCCAUUCAGAAUCUGCAGUUGUCGGUGUCUGAAACAUGUUCAUUGAAGAGUCUUCCGUAUGCCUAUGGCCUUUUCAUGGUUUCCAAAGGGACCUUCUCACUUUGUUUCAGCCCUCUUGUUGGAUAUGUCAGGGACUACAGUGGCAGCUACAGAAUCUGUCUCCACGCAAUGAGCUGUCUCAUCCUCGUCUGCUUUAUAACCUGGAGCAUUGAAUUUUUUUUAAAAGCCAUUCGACGUAAGAAACCCAGUAAACUACUCGAAGAAACCAGUUCAGUCCAAUUGAAAAGUAAUAUUUAACAUGUGGGAUGACAUGGUGAUUGAUGUAGUGAAAAAUUAUGAGGGGUCUAGUAUCAUUGAACAGUUCAAUGACGUACUAUUAUGAGUACUAUGUACUCAAAGUUUCGAGUAGCUGUUAUCAAACCAACAUUUUUUUUCUUUCGAGGACCUCUUACUCCGACUUCUCUAAUCGGAAAACAACUGAAUUUCUUGUAAUUGUUGGAUCGUAUUGUAAUUUUUAUCGGUGUAAUCACUGAGUCAAUUAUUGGUGCAUCAAUUUAAUUGAAUGAGUCACGAAGGAAAAAGUGCCAGUACUCAGUUCAUACAUUGUGCUUCGAUCAGCGCAAGAAUAGUUAAUGGGAAUAUCUGUUUAGACUUAGUGACGAAUUAUAUUUUAGAUUAUAGAAAGGAAAAAUAGAUUAAGAGCAGAUUUUGAUUUUGCGACGGGAAUUUUUUUGAUUUUUUAAAACUCCAUAAACGUCUUCCAAAUCAUUUACAUUUCUACUUUCGUAUUUCUCGAUGAAACAAAAAAAAUGGUAACGACCUCUAGCUAAAAAUCGUCUCGAGUCACUACUUCGUUGAGGGUGACACUAUAAUAAAAUUAAAUCCGAUACUGUUUGAUUGAAUGUUUAUUAUUCAUUUAUUCAUGUUUCGAAAUAGAGUUAUAAUAUUUUUUUUUCAUGUAUAUUACCGAUUAUGAAAUUAACCACUAAGUAGUUUUUCCAUCAAUUCCAGUGUUUUUUUUAUAACUUCUCAUGAAUUCCUCAAGUGUAAUCACUCACAUUAACUCACCAAUCACGGGAGACUUCCCCGCCUGAUCUAAUGAACAUUUGAAUUACUAUAUUUUUUGCGUUCUAUAAAAAACUAUCUACUCAAUCAGGAACAUUUCAAGCGAAGUGCACUUGCUGUAGAACCUGUUCCUGCCGUGAAUUUUCUCAUUUCAAUUCGCGUCAUAACUCGCAAUACUCAAUGUUCCUAAGAAAAAAUAUUCGAAUCGAAGAAUUUCUAAAUGCUGAUAAGAUUAUCUGCAAUGCUCAUGAAGAGUCUGAUGACAUGUGAUGUGAAUUUUACAAUCUCCCAAGAAAAACUUUACCCUCCCUCUCUCUCGAAAUAAGCAAUAAUCAAUUAAACUGAAAAUAUAAAAAUGAAUAAUAUGUAAAAGAAGUUAAAAAGUAAAAUCGGCUUAUGUAAAAUUUUCUUUUAACUCAUAUAAAGAUGUAAUGAGAGCUGAAAAUGUAACGAUAAUUAAAAUAAAUAUGGCGAAUUACCACAAGAA